ACUAUAAAAACUGAAUUAAAUUCCUCAGUCAAAACCUCAAUCUAUGUAUACAAAGAAAGCAGCAUAAUUAUUUUCCAGCUUCAACUACCAUUUUCGUGUUGUCGUUAUCUUCAAAAUUCUCAAUUUUCUCAGUUCCCAUUUACCCAUUUUUUCUUCAAAUUCACUGAUUUAUAUAUUAUUCUUAAAUUUUAAUCAAUCUUAAAUUUUCAUGCCAAUUUUCAACAGUCAUGAAAAAAAGGGUACAAGAUCACCAACAGAGAAAUUGGGCUGAAUUGUGUUGUUUGGGUUGCUCAUCCAUACAGCUUUUCUGGGCAAGAGUUGUUGUGAGGAAAUGGCUUAAUAUUAGAAGCAAUGAAUCUGAUUAUAGUGCUGACCCUGAAGAAGAAGAAGAUGAUGAUGAUUAUGAUGAAGAUGAUGAUGAAGAAAAUGAAGAGUGCGGAAGACAGACACGGUUUAUGGAUGGAAGAGGUGUUGAAGCUCCAUCUGAAUUAAAUGACUUUGUUCCAAGGUUAAGGAAACAGAAGUCAUCAACUUAUAGAUCUCAGUAUAUAAACACAAAGGAACUGAGGGUAUGUGCUGCGACAUGGAAUGUUGGAGGAAAACUUCCAUCUGAUGACCUAGAUAUUGAUGAAUGGCUUGGUGUCAAUGAACCAGCUGACAUCUAUGUCCUCGGUCUUCAAGAGAUGGUACCCUUAAACGCUGGCAAUAUUUUUGGGUCUGAAGAUACUCGUCCUGUUCCAAAAUGGGAGAAUAUUAUUCGGGAAGCACUUAAUAGAGUCCGACCUUCAGUAACAAAGACAAAAUGCUUCAGCGAUCCUCCAUCUCCAUCAAAAUUUAAGCCAUCCGAUGAUGGCCCUGAUAUAGAAGAAGAAAUAUUAUUCGAAAGUGAUAGCGACAUUGGCGAAGAAAUCCAUCCUUUGGAUGAAGAACAUAAUAUUUGUGAUGGAAGUACUACUGACGAAAUCAUGAAUACAAGUUUAUUGGCUUCUGACGUUGCUGAUAGUGCCAAGUCCAGUGUGCCGAUUGCAAUUGAUUAUAGAAGACAGUUUUCUUUUCCGAAGUGGCAACAAAGUCCAGAAAACAUGGAUGCGUCAAUUUCCCAAAAGACCAAGAAACUAACCAGAAUGCUUAGUGGAUCCGAAAGGAUUGGUUUGAGCUGGCCGGAGCCUCCAUUACAUCUGCUAUCUCAGAGAGUUUUGGACAGACCGACUUCUUUUAAAUCAUUCAAAUCCUUUAAGUCAUUAAAAUCAUUCAACAGAUAUAGUUCUUUCAAGUCAGUUAUGGAUGUCCUGCCAGGAUUGGGUUUGCUUCCUGAAAUUGACCUUGAAGCUUUACUGAAGCGGAAAAAAAGAUCUCCAUAUGUAAGGAUUGUUAGCAAGCAAAUGGUCGGAAUUUUCAUCACCGUAUGGGUUCGUCGGAGCUUACGUAAACAUAUUCAUAAUUUAAAGGUUUCAACUUUAGGCGUUGGCAUUAUGGGAUAUAUUGGUAACAAGGGAUCAGUAUCUGUUAGCAUGUCCAUAUAUCAGACGCUUUUUUGUUUUAUAUGCGCUCACCUUACGUCUGGUGAAAAGGAAGCAGACGAGCUUAAACGAAAUGCUGAUGUUCAUGAAAUACUUCGCAGAACUCAUUUCCAUUCACCACCUUAUCUCGGACUUCCUAAAGGAAUCCUCGAUCACGAAAGAAUAAUUUGGUUGGGUGAUUUGAAUUUUCGUAUCAGCUUAUCUGAAGCGGAAACAAAAGCUCUUAUCUCGAAAAAUCAGUGGUCAAAAUUGGCUGAGAAAGAUCAGCUCGUGCGAGAACUCAAGAAUGGUGCAUUUGGAGGGUGGUCAGAAGGGAUAUUAAACUUCCCACCAACUUAUAAAUAUGAGGUUAAUUCAGAUAAGUACUAUGGCGACGAUCCCAAGGCUACAAAGCGUACACCGGCUACAAAGCGUACACCGGCAUGGUGUGAUCGUGUUCUUUCAUAUGGCAAGGGAAUGAGAUUACUGAGUUACAGAAGAACUGAGCUCAAACUGUCAGAUCACAGACCCGUGACUGCUACAUAUAUCGUUGAAGUUGAGGCGUUCUCACCUAAGAAGCUACAGCGAGCUCUAACAUUCACUAAUGCAGAGAUUGAAAAUGGAGAAGCCGUUACAAGUUUAAUUAGUUGGAAAUAGCUGCUUAAUUUGAACAGGAAUUUGUAAAGGAGAGUGAGUAUUUCCAGAUUAUCAAUUUCAAGGAGCAUCAGUGAUAGCUGCUGCAACUUCUAACACACAGAUUGCCAACCACUAAAUAUAGAUUUUUUUUUACCUCCACAUUUAAAGAGGAAAUAGUUUCAUUUUUUUGUCUUUCAGUAUCAUUGCAAUAGGAUUUAGAUUUAGCAUUUUGAAUGGUUGUGUCUUAUAUAUGUAUUUGUGUGAUUGAGGUGUGUAUUAUAUGUAAGAUCUUUAAAUGAGUGCUCAACAUGUUUAUAGAAAUAAAGGCUUGUUUUCAUGGCUAGUUCUGCACAAUUGAAAUAAAUCUUGCAUCAUGCACAAGUUACUAGUUUUCACUAUUGGAUCAAUAAAUUCUACUAUUGGAUCAAAUGAGAUACGGUGGAACUUAUGGAUCCAAUAGUUAAAAACAGUUGCGCAUGGUGCGAGACUAUUUUACUUGCGCAUACUAGACAAAA